AUGGCCACGGUCUGUCUGCAACCGAAAGCAGUCUCAUUUUCACCAUGCUGUUACAAAAUUUCCAUCAGAGCCCCCCUCAACCGCCUGGUUUCCUGUGCCCACCGCAGCCACCAGCGGUUCCUCUACGAGCAACGUUUUUGGGGGCUGGUGGAAGCUGGAGCUGGUGGCCCACAGGUGGCCACCCAGCUCAACCACGUGGCCCUCUGUGUCCCCUGGAUCUACAUCUUUGUCUUUACGAGCACCACGGUGGCCAAAUGGCUCCAGAUUGACCCCCAUUCCCACGCCAGAGGGGAGGCAGCGGGUCCCCCCCAGGACAGUGACAGGGUGGCCACCCAGCUCAACCACGUGGCCCUCUGUGUCCCCUGGAUCUACAUCUUUGUCUUUACGAGCACCACGGUGGCCAAAUGGCUCCAGAUUGACCCCCAUUCCCACGCCAGAGGGGAGGCAGCGGGUCCCCCCCAGGACAGUGACAGGUUCCCGGGAAACUGGAAAAGGGGUUGGCUCAACCUCUACCGCUUCUGGCAAGAAGGUGGCUUCCACAACGUCCAUCACAUCAUGGCUCGCAAGUUCCAGCAGUUCGGGCCCAUUUACAGGGAGAAGCUGGGUGUCUACGAGAGCGUGAACAUCAUCAGCCCCCGGGACGCUGCCACCCUCUUCCAGGCGGAGGGGACACUGCCCGAGCGCUUCAGCGUCCCCCCCUGGGUGGCUUAUCGCGACUACCGCAACAAGCCCUACGGUGUUCUCCUCAAGACAGGGGAGGCCUGGCGCUCGGACCGGCUGAUGCUGAACAAGGAGGUGCUGUCGCCAGAGGUGGUGGAGGGCUUCGUGCCCCUGCUGAGCGAGGUGGGCGAGGACUUUGUCCGGCGGGCGCGAGCCCAGGUGGGGAAGAGCGGCCGGGAUCGCUGGACAGCCGACUUCACCCACGAGCUCUUCCGCUUCGCCCUGGAGUCCGUGUGCCACGUGCUGUACGGGGAGCGGUUAGGGUUGCUGCAGGACUUCGUGGACCCCGAGGCCCAGCGCUUCAUCGACGCCGUGACUUUGAUGUUCCACACCACCUCCCCCAUGCUCUACCUGCCACCCACCCUCCUCCGCCACCUCAACGCCAAGACAUGGCGGGACCAUGUCUGGGCCUGGGAUGCCAUCUUCACCCAGGCGGACAAAUGCAUCCAAAACGUCUACCGGGACCUGCGGCUGCAACGCAAGAGCACCAAGGAGUACAUGGGCAUCCUCUGCAGCCUCAUCAUGCAGGACAAGCUGCCCUUGGAUGACAUCAAGGCCAGCGUCACCGAGAUGAUGGCAGGCGGGGUGGACACGACCUCCAUGACGCUGCAGUGGGCCAUGUUCGAGCUGGCACGGUCCCCGGGGGUCCAGGAGCAGCUACGGGCAGAGGUCCUGGCCGCCAAGCGAGAGGCAGCAGGGGACAGGGUGAAGAUGCUGAAAACCAUCCGGUUGCUCAAAGCUGCCAUCAAGGAGACGCUCAGGCUGCACCCGGUGGCGGUGACCCUGCAGAGGUACACCAUGCAGGAGGUCAUCCUCCAGGACUACCGCAUCCCCCCCAAGACGCUGGUGCAGGUCGGUCUGUACGCCAUGGGCCGGGACGCCGAGGUCUUCCCCAAGCCGGAGAAGUUCAGCCCCCAGCGGUGGUUGGCAGCGGGUCCCAAACACUUCAAGGGGUUGGGGUUUGGUUUUGGACCCCGCCAGUGCCUGGGACGCCGGAUCGCUGAGCUGGAGAUGCAGCUCUUCCUCAUGCACAUCCUGGAGAACUUCAAGAUCGAAACCAUGAGAGCGGUGGAAGUGGGGACCAAGUUUGACCUCAUCCUCAUCCCAGACAAACCCAUCUACCUGACCUUACGGCCGCUCGAGUCCCAGGUGGUGUGAAAGAGCCCCAUCCCGGGUUGACACCCAGUUUUUUGGGGGGGGGUGUCAUCCCCAACAUCUCCUCCCGGCCAGACUCCAUCCCGGGGAUGGGAUCUGGGGGACAACUGGGACGCUUUCACGGCCACAACCUUGGCUUGGCACAUCCCUGCCUUCGCUCCAGCCCGC